CCUCCCCAGCUUGGUGUGCGCCUCUUUCUUUUCUCGCCACUCUUCAUUCUUAUUUAUUCAUAUUUAUUUGGCUCCCGCUCUCUUUCUUCCCUUCCCUCCCUCCCUCCGGAUCCCUGCUCUUUCCCCGGAGUGGCUUGUCGGGGGCUCCGCCGCUGGCCAGGCGUGAUGUUGCACGUGGAGAUGUUGACGCUAGUGUUUCUGGUGCUCUGGAUGUGUGUGUUCAGCCAGGACCCGGGCUCCAAGGCCGUCGCCGACCGCUACGCCGUCUACUGGAACAGCAGCAACCCCAGAUUCCAGAGGGGUGACUACCACAUCGACGUCUGUAUCAAUGACUACCUGGAUGUUUUCUGCCCUCACUAUGAGGACUCGGUCCCAGAAGAUAAGACUGAGCGUUAUGUCCUCUACAUGGUGAACUUUGAUGGCUACAGUGCCUGCGACCAUACUUCCAAAGGGUUCAAGAGAUGGGAAUGUAACCGGCCUCACUCUCCAAAUGGACCACUGAAGUUCUCUGAAAAGUUCCAGCUCUUCACACCCUUUUCUCUAGGAUUUGAAUUCAGGCCAGGCCGGGAAUAUUUCUACAUCUCCUCUGCAAUCCCAGAUAAUGGAAGAAGGUCCUGUCUAAAGCUCAAAGUCUUUGUGAGACCAACAAAUAGCUGUAUGAAAACUAUAGGUGUUCAUGAUCGUGUUUUCGAUGUUAACGACAAAGUAGAAAAUUCAUUAGAACCAGCAGAUGACACCGUACAUGAGUCAGCCGAGCCAUCCCGCGGUGAGAACGCGGCACAGACACCAAGGAUACCCAGCCGCCUUUUGGCAAUCCUACUGUUCCUCCUGGCGAUGCUUUUGACGUUAUAGCACAGUCUCCUCCCAACACCUGUCACAGAAAACAUCAGGGUCUUGGAACACCAGAGAUCCACCUAACUGCUCAUCCUAAGAAGGGACUUGUUAUUGGUUUUUUGGCGGAUGUCAGAUUUUUGUUUUCUUUCUUUCAGCCUGAAUUCUAAGCAACAACUUGGGGCCAGGAGGGGCUAAAGUAGUGGCUGCUCCCCUGCCCCACCCCACCCCCAGCCCUUGCCCUUGCCUUUCUCUCACCCUUUCCAAAUUAAAUGGACUCCAGAUGAAAAUGCCAAAUUGUCACAGUGACACCAGUGGUCGUCAGCUCCUGUGCGUUCUCCUCUCAGAGCCCACUCCGCUGGCAGCCUGUGUCAGCGGUGCGUGGACAGGAAGAACAGUGGCAGAUGCGGCGAGGGCGGGCCAGGCCCGGGGGGUUUGCGCUCCCAUACAAUACUUAUGCCUUCUCGUUCAGGACUGCAAGCUGAUCGUGCCGGGCAUCGGGGCACCGUGUCGGGUCCAGAGUGGAGGUAUUAAGAAUAGAUACAAUAUUACACCCUUUCCUCCAGGAGUAUAUAAAUGAACAGGCUUCUAACAGGUUGAGACACUGGGGUUUUUUUGUUUUGUUUUGUUUUAAGAUGACUAUCUUAAAGCAUUCUUGACGGCAAAACUUGUGCUCCAUGAGAGAAGCCUUUUUUUCUAGAAAGCAGGUCGGGUGUGGGAAUGCUAGCACAGAGCAAGUGUGACGACAGAGAAAACUAGGUUUGGUGGGGGUGUGUAUGUGUGAGUGCCUCUAAUUAUUUUGGUGACUGGGCAAUGCACACCAGAUUUUUUUUUCCUUUGAAUACAGAUCACCAUGGUGCUACAAUUUUUUUUUUUAAGAAACUCAAAGAGGCAUUUUUAUGAAUAAAGUGACCUUCCCCAAGGCUGACAAGCCAGGGUUGAUGAGUGUAUAACGGAAUAGCUUUGGAUACUCCUCUGGGGGACAAUAUGUACCAAGGAAAGGAGGUCAGUGGCCAGAGGAGAUGGGAUUUGGCUUUGCUGGAGCGCCAGUGUGCUGUGGCCUUUCCCCGACCCCCACCCUAGCACCCACGUUUUGCUCCACACUCCACGUCUGCAGGGGUUCGGACACACGCCCCUGUCACCAGGAGAGUCAGUCAGCACUACCUGGGAGGGCUAAAGGGAAAUUUGGAAUAAAAAUUCCAAAGUUUGGAAUAAAAAAACUUCAAGUGUUGAUUUUAUAUUCUUUCCCUUUCUGACACAGCCUGAAGCGUAGGGGGAACACGUGUUUAAGAUGGAGGCCCAAAGACUUUAACAAAAUAUUUUUUUAAAAAUCCACUAGAAUAGAAAAUACAUUAUUUAGAUAUACUUUAUGCUGAGAGUGAGUAUAUAUGCUUGUCCUAUUUAAACUUGUGAGAAAAAAGUGGUAUCCCUGAUACAUUUAGAAAUAUAGGGGCUCUCUUGUUUCAUUGUGGGGGUGGGGCAGAGCGAGACUACCUGCACGAUGACCCUGUUGGAAGACCCAGCAUGGCCAACAAGGGACGUUUCCAGCGGAUUCCCAGGAAGUACAGCUUGGGGUCACUACUGGGGAGGCUGUCACAGCCUUUGAGCUCCAAAGCCUAGACCAGGGAAAGUGACCAACGAGAAGGAUGUUAGCCUUUUUACUACUGCUCGGCGUGGCACUAGAAACCCUGCCUUUCAAAACAAAACAAAAAUAAUAAAUGCCAUGAUUAUGUAACGUGAAAAGUUGGAAGCAGUCCAGCAAAAUAAGGCUUUUUAAAAAUAUGUAUUUGUCUUUUAAAAUGUCUAGAUGAAAAAAAGAGAGGGGUCACAGUAUGGACAGACUCUAUGAAUGGGAAUUUGCUACGAAUUGUGAGUAGUUAUGAAUUAGAAAAAUAUGUGAAUGAAAGGCAGCCGAAAAGGCACUUGCACCCUAGAGAGUUGUACACACGUUGAAAUGCAAUCUGGGCUUACCUGGUCCAUUUGGAAUGGAGGUUGCUGCCGGGUCUGUUCACACUUGGAGCCGUGGGAGUGGGGUGCUGGCCUCACAGACACCAUCCGGGCUGCUCCCCCGACAUCAGGAACUUCUCUGGAGUGGCAGAGUCUUGUCACAGAAGGCAGCCACCGUUUCACUGAAACGAAAGUUCACAACAUUGGAUUCUUUUUUUCCUUUGACUCUUUAUAUGCUCAGCGCUCUCAGUAAUACCCAGUGAUACUUCUUUUUAUUAAUUGUUACAGGCUUGUUGGUCCAGUGGUAUUCGAGUAGGGGUGGGGGGUACAUACCUUCUAAAAUGGAUCAAUAGUCAGAACCAAAAUAAUACUGCAUGUUCUAUAACCACAAGGAAAUCAAAUGAUCCUAUAAUGAUUCCAGUUAGUCAUAACUACAUUAGCAGUGCUAAUUUCAUUUUAGAAAUGGUGACUUCUGUGGUUUUGCUAGCAUUUGUCUCUAACAAAAGAUAAAAUAAUUACUCAUGGCCCUCCCUGCCAUUGUCUUUCCUUUUUCACAGUGAAAUUAGACCCCUUUACUUCAUCAUGCCACUACAAAUUAAGUUUAAAAAAGGAAAAAAAAAAAAAAGCAAGACUAUCCACACCAGUAGACAGUGUGCUUCUCUACCUUUAAGUGAUGUCAUUGUAGGUAACACUUGCCGCGGAGUUUCCAAGAAAAUGAAUUGGUAUGAAACAGUUUUCAUCUUGUCCAGAAAGGGCUGGUGGCCUUUUAUGGUGGUGUUACAACCCUCUGGGGGCUUAGGAAGAUGUCGAUGCAAUUUCGUAGCAGCUUUUAAUUCAAAAAACAACUCAAACGUCUGAAGGGCAGCCUUAGCCGCCUCUCAGCCCCAGAUAGUCAAACCCCAGCGACCUUGCCCCUGGUUGCCAAGGGCUUUGCAACAUGAAGCAGGGAAAUCAGGAUCUGUCUGUUUAGUGGAUACUGUGUAUCCUUUAAUAGACCAGGUAACAGUUCGUGUUAGUUUAGACUAUUGUUUUGUACUGUACUUUCUUGGGUGGCAGAGGAAAGAAAAGUAAAACAUUAAAAAAAAAAAACUGCGUUCUUUAAAUUCUGUAUUCUUAGCGACCUCUGUUGUAUAUAGUGUUUGAUAAUAAAGUAUUAAUUUGAUUCUUAUGUCUUUUGUAAGUGAGAACAAUAGUCUUUCAGGAUACAAAACAUGCAUUGAGGCUUUGAAACAUCCAAUGUAUAUGUGGCUAAGAAGAGUCACAAAUGGCAGAGACACUGCUCCAUAAAGGACUCAUGUGUGGUCAUCACCCGCUCAGUCGUAAGACUCCAUCAUCUCGGGACCUGGAACAACAUGACUUUUUUGAUCAAUAUUUUAUCCUCACCGUUUUCAAGGUCUGAUGUUGGAGCCCUGUGGUGUUCUUCCUCCCCCAGCAUGUUGGUUUAAAAGAGUUUAGGAAUUUAGUAACCGUUCUGGAUUUUGGUUCGGUUUUCUAUUCGUGGUGGUUUUCAUAGACUGUUUCGUUUUUCUACAGGAAGAGGUGCCAGUGUCACAGGCGGCCCAAGCAUGGGCAAGGUUUCAAGCCAGUCCAUUUAGAAAGGUUAAAUGGGAGCUGUUUCCCAGUGUCAUUGUGAAAGGAAGAGUCGCACAGUACCUGUAGAUUUUCAGGGACUUUGGUUUUCUCUGGUGCCUUAGCAACGGCAGCAGCCAUUUUUAUUAGUUUCUCCAAAAUUAAUAAAACAGUUUAAAUUUCCCUCCAUUCAUUGCUCUCAGAGCUGUGGUCAGUCGUUCUUUCUUUUGAAAACCACCUCCACCAACACCCCCGUCUGCCUACCACUACCACCCCCUCUUAUUUCUUAUGUUUAUUUUUUUGUCUCUUGCCUUCCGCCCACGUUUUGUUUUCCCUCAGAACCGUGAAUGGGCAGGUCUGUCUCUGGUUUGGCAUCACUGAGUUUUUCCCAUGCAUUUGCCCAAGAGCUGCUCGGAUGUGAGACAAGUCUCCCUACAAUGGGCUUGCUCCCAUUGUCUGUACAGUUUAAUAGAUGCUGGCAUGUCGGAGGUUACCCAUGAGUCAAAAUCCGCUUUCCACGCUUACUCUUGACACCCCAUUGAAGCCACUCAUUGUGUGUGCGUCUGGGUGUGAAGUCCAGCUCCGUGUGGUCCUGUGCUUGUACUGCCCUGCUUUGCAGUUCCUUUGCACUUACUCAUUGAGUGCUGUUUUGAAAUGCUGACAUUAUAUAAACGUAAAAGAAAAUGUAAAAAAAAAAAACCCACACACAAACCAACCCAUACAACCUGUAUUUGUAUAUACACGUGUCCGUACAAGUAUACCUUAAUAAAAAUUAAAGAUCUUCAUCAUUUUAA